CGCUUCAUUGUUUAUAGACGCUUAACGCGUGGUCCCUUUCAAUGUACUUACGAUAGUUAUUUAAAAAUGUCCAUAACUUUAUUAGGAGAAUUGAAUUUAUGGACCUUUGAUGAUAAUAUUAAUAUUAAAAACACGGAUCAUGGAGCAUUUAGGUAUCAUGACAAACGUAUUGAUAAUGUAUACGAAGAAGGAAAAAGAUCUUAUAGUCAAAAACGAGGUAUGACUUAUGUUCCAACAAACAAAAAAGGAAAUAAAUUGAAAGAUGCUAUCAAACACUUGGAAGAACAACUCAAAGAUAAUUCGACUAUAUAUUGUCAGUGGAACGAUCAUAGUAUUCUACAAAUUAUGCUAAGCAAUGGUCUCUUAAUUUACAUACAAAUUAAUGUUGAAACUGCUGAUAUCGUUAAGUGUACUUUUGAUAAGUAUCUCAUGGGAAAGUUAUGUGAUCAUAUAUCCGAUGUGGCGAUUACAAAGACUCAUUUGAUUUGUAUGUAUAAUGAUAAUCAGAUAACAACUGUGUAUUUUACAAAACCUAGAAGACAUCCUUUUGACAAAAUCAGUAAAUUAGAACCCAAAUUGAGUACGAGUGAUCUAUUUGGUUCUAAUGGACGCAGACUCGAUAAAAAUAUUCAAAUCAACAAGCCAGGUGAUCUGAUAUUAAUAUGGUGGAAAUCUACAAUGAACGAAGUUUAUCCAUGGAGUCCUGUAGUCAAGGAACAUGAUCGUGCAAACAUACACCUUUAUCGUCUUACUGGAACAAAAUUGGACUUAAUAUAUUACGUACGCACUGAGUUUGAUCCUUUAUGUAUUAAAUUUGAUAUACAUCAUGAAAAUGUCAUUCAUUCUGUAGAACAAAAAGUAUCAAGAAAGGGUGAAGUUACGAUUGAAUGGCGGACAUAUGAAGUAUCACAACAAGACAAAUUACAGAGAAUUGCCAUUAUCUCUAUACCUUUACCAACUCAUACUAGUUGCGUUAAAUUUUCACCUAAUCAAGAAUUAUUAUUAUUAUGCUGCAUAGACGGUUCUGUAAUGUUGUACGAUGAAACAAAAGCUACAAUUAUUAAUAUAAAAGCUGGUUUUAUACCAACACUCGCAUCCUGGCAUAAUGAUGGAAUGAUAUUUUCUAUUGGAAAUGAUAGGGGCCAAUUUCAACAUUUCGACAUCGCUUUGCAUUGUAUCAAAAAUCAAAUGUUAAAUGACGAAACAUCACCAGCAAAUAUUCUUGAUUUAUCAUCUUACUUUAGGAGCCAACCAGCCUUAGUACGUAUGGAAUGGAAUAAAAGAAACCAAUUAAAUUCUCAUACCAGUUAUUAUAGUUAUGGGGACUCAUUGUUUUUAUUGCUCUUUGAACGGGGUCCAAUAGGAGUCAUUAGAGUAAUUGAAGGAGAUAAUCUUUCAGGAGAUAUAUUAGUAAGAAAGUAUUUAAUACUUUCUCAAAUCGAACAAGCCACAUCUUUAUUGUUACGUUUAAAUUGGGACACUCAUCCACGUAUUUGUAUGCAUUCUCUCAACCAAAUCUUAAAUUAUUUAUUCAAGUUACCAUUAACGGCUGAACACGAAAGUUUCAUACAAAAUGCAUUGGGUAGUUUUCAUGUCCCAAUUAGGCCAAUAAGUCAAGCAAUCGAAGACGAAUAUGGUGACGAAGUAAGAGAUUUAACAAGACGAUUUUUUCAUCAUUUACUAAGAUAUCGUAUGUUUGAGAAAGCUUUCAGACUUGCCAUAGACCUAAACGAUCAUGAUCUUUUUAUGGAUAUUCAUUUCUAUGCUUUGGUUUUAAAUGACAUGGAAAUGGCAAAUGCGGCAAAGGAGAAAGCUGAACAAAUUUUAAGCAGAUCUAAUAGUUGCAAUUCAUCGCAUUCAACGUGUUCCCGAGAAUCUUGUUCUAUAUGUUCUGAAUUAACGAGCGAUAAAGGAGAGGAAUCUUAUAGCAACGAAAGUGAAAAUUCGACAAAGGAAGAUGAAACAAAUUCGAAGUAUCCCAAAAGAUACAAUUAUAAAAAGAAUUCCAACAACCAUGUUCCACCCUUACCAAUUCUUUAUCCUUCUUAUUACGAUAACAAAACUCUUUUACCAACAUCAUUGAACGAUGAUUCUUCUAGUAAUAAAUCUGACUAUAGUAUUAUUUCCACAUCUUUUAAUACACCUAGUAAUACAUUAGCAAAUACUAAUUUUAGCGAUUCUUCCUCACAUAUACAAGUAUCUAAUACUUUCUUUGCAUCAACAUCUUUUAGUACACCGACAUAUGUGACCCGUCCAAAUUUAACAUCAAUAUCAACGGUAAAUUCAAUCAACAGAGUUCAACCUUACAAUAAAUUUUCCGAAGAUUUAAUGACCACCUCUUUUGGAAAUCUAUCUCUUAGUAAACAAAAGUCAUCGUCUCUUGAUCGUCAACAUCAUGAUGAAAUAUUACAAUUAAUGGUUAAUAAGUCAGGAACAAAUGAUACACAAUAUACAAAUAAUCUUUCUGUUGAAGAUACUGUUACAAUUAUACCCGAAGAAAAUAAUUUUAUAUCGACUUCUUUUAAUAAUUCGACCUACGAAUUUGUAUUGGACAAUGUUCCUUCUUCUUCCUCGUUAAUUCCAACUUUGAGUAACGUUGACAAUAAUAUUAUGUCAACGUCUUUCAGUACAAUUACUUGUAACACUUCAGUUUCAAAUAAUUCUGAUAAUAAUUCAGACUCGAAUAUAAAAUGUGAUAAUACACCUUUCUGUUAUUCCUCAAGUAUUAGAACAAAUGAUUCAUCGAGUAAUGUUAUGUCUCAAAUAGAUACAUCUAAUUCUGUUAUACAAGCAAAUAAGCUAAUUACCACACCUCAUAAAACUAAGAGUAACACGUUAUUUACUACAAACAAAUAUUCUGAAAGUCCUACUACAUACGACAGCAACAUAAAAGUUUUUCGCGCUGAAGAUUAUAUGGAUCAUCAUCAAAAAAUUAACAAAAAACAAUCCAGUAGUGAAAUUCCAUUACCACCUUCUAUCACAUCUUCUUUUACUAAUUACCUACAAAAUUUACAAAGAAAAAAUUACUCGCUUUCUCAAAGUACUCUAGGAUUAAUGAGUAUAGACGAAUCUAAUCAAAAAAUUUCAUCUGCUAAAGUAAUGAAUAUAACACCAUGUAUUUUGCAAAGACAAAAUUCUGCGUCUAAUAUUUUACAAGAUCAAUGUGUUCAUAGUAAUUCUAAAACUUGUAGAAUUAAUUCUGAUCUUACUUAUAUACCGUAUCAUGGAAGUUGCGACAGUUUGAAUGUUACUAAGCAACAUAAUAACAGAAUUGGCACAACAAAUGCUUUGAGUUAUUCACAUUCUGCAUAUAAUUUGCAAAGUAGAUUACUCGAAAAUAGGCAUACCAAAAUAGGGUCACAGAUAAGUAGUAAUAUUGGUAAGGAAAUUAAGACAUCAUCCAACAUACCUCCAUUACCUAUUGUAAAUACAUCCAAUUCCAAUUCAAAAACCUAUUCUAUGUGUCCCACAUUCCUAGAUACACCGAUGUCCACAAAUGAGAAACCAAAAGUUAAAUUUUCAGAUACAGUUACACAUAUAUUAGUACCUGGCACGAAUCAAUCUCAUAGACAGAGACGUUCAACAGUUACACAGUUACAUGUAACAGAUCCAAAACGUGAAUUGGCAGAAAGUUUACCGUUGUGCCUGGGAAAUGAAGACUAUUUAAAAGAUUUUCAACCUUUAUCAAAAGAUGCAGAUAAUGAAAUUUCAAAGGAAUCUUCCAAAUCUGAGGAAGGUUCUAAAAUAAAAGUUGUUCACUUUGGUUUGUUAUAAUUAUACUCAAUGUUCCAAUGAUAA